AUGAUGCGGUGGUGCCUCGCGUUGCUUCUCUGCGGCUUCUUGGCUGCGGUAAACGCUCUGAGCAGCUCCGGCAGCCGCCUGCUAGUGGUCUUGGACGAGACCACCGAAAAGAGCCUUUUCUCGACAUUCUGGUCUGAUUUGGAAGCCCGGGGAUAUGACUUGUCAUUUGAAUCGCCCAAGAGUGACAAACUGUCCCUCUUCGAACAUGGCGAGCGAGCUUACGACCACCUCUUGAUUCUUCCUCCCAAGUCCAAAGGCCUUGGCCCCAACUUGACUCCCAAGAACAUCCUCGAUUUCAUGAACAAGGACGGCAAUAUCAUCCUCGCCCUCUCCGGCAAGGCCUCGACCUCUAGUGCCAUCAGCUCCCUCCUCCUCGAAAUUGAUAUCCAUCUUUCGAACGACCGCUCCGCCGUUGUUGUCGACCACUUCAACUAUGACACUGUAUCGGCCGCCGAGAAGCAUGAUGUCCUCCUCCUCCAGCGGCCUGGACCGCUGCGCCCCGACGUGAAGGCGUUUUUCGACGGUGAAGGCGUCCUCGCUAUGCCCCGGGUUGCCCCCCAGACCCUGGGUAGUGAUAGCGCUCUGGUUGCGCCGGUCCUGCGAGCUCCUGCCACUGCCUACGCUUAUAACCCGAAGGAGGAAAUGCCGGCGGCAGAUGACAUCGAGGCCACUGGCUCCCAGCUCAACAUUGUUUCAGCCAUGCAAGCCCGCAACGCCGCUCGCUUCACUGUACUCGGCUCCGUUGAGGCGCUCGAGGACAAGUGGUUCUCGGCUUCAGUCAAGGCACCCAAUGGCAAGAAAACCACCACCGUCAAUCGUGAUUUUGCGAAGCAAUUGACCGCGUGGACCUUCAAGGAAACCGGUGUUCUGAAGGUUGGCAAGAUUGAGCACCACCUGGCCACUGAUGGUGAGGUUACCGCGGAAGACUUGAACCCGAAAAUCUACCGCAUUAAGAACGAGACCGUCUUCAGCAUUGAGGUGUCUGAGUACAAUUAUGACAAGUGGGUGCCCUUCGAGAUCCCCGCCGAAGAUGCGCUGCAGCUGGAAUUCACCAUGCUCUCGCCCUUUCACCGUCUGGCCCUCGAGCCUACCAAGCGUACCGAGACCAGCGCUGUGUACAGUACCAAGUUCGUGACUCCAGACCAGCACGGCAUCUUCUCAUUCCGCAUCAACUAUAAGCGACCUUUCCUCACCAACAUCGAGGAGAAGCACGAAGUGACCGUGCGCCACUUCGCGCAUGAUGAAUACCCGCGCAGCUGGGCAAUCACCGGUGGCUGGGUCUGGAUUGCCGGUCUGUGGUCGGUGAUUGGAGGCUUCCUGGCAUUUGUGGUUGUGUGGCUCUACUCGGCUCCUGCAGCCGACAAGACCAAGAAGACGCAGUAG